AUGGAACAUCAUAGUCCAAUUCAGCAAGCGUUAAACGUUGCUCCAGGAAAAGUUGUUGAGAGUUUUUCAAUUUGGGGAUUACCAUCAAAAUUUCGAGUAACAAAACCAUUUAAUUUUUUCCGUAAAGUACAAAUAUUUCCAUCACAGCUAUUAUUUAAAUAUCCAAAAGAAACAAUAAUAAAUGAAAAAAUUCAAGAAUUUAUGAUUCCUAAAGGAAUUGAAUUAAAAGUUGCUGAAAAUAUUGAAACUAUUUUAAAUUCACCUUUAGGCAUUCACAUUACUUUUAUUCCAGGGGACGAUCCAUUGUUCUGUAUCUGUAUUACUCGUAGAGAAUUACUUCAAUUUCCUAGUGAUUUAGUAGAAGAAACAAGUAUGUCAAGUAUUUAUUCAAGUCAACCAUUAGAGACUACUAGAGUUUAUUGUAUUAUGACACAUUGCCCAGAUAUAUCAGUGUUAUCCCCAAUUAUUAAAGACCUUUUUGCUUUAGAUUUUAGUCUUAAAGAUCAGUGGUUAAAACAAUUCUAUUUAAAAACAGUACCUUUAAUUCCAUCAUUUAAAUAUCAAUCAUCUUCUGAAAGGUUAUUUCCUAUAUUAAAAUCAUUAAAUAAUUUAGUUGCAACUAAAUCACCAAUAGAAUUAAUUGCAGACCAUGCUAUUAUUCGUUUAUUUGCAGUAACAAAAAUAUCAGGAAUUCUCUCAAUGGUAUCUAGUUUAUUAUUAAAUGUAUCUGUAUUUCUUAUUGGAAAAAAUGUCUCCUUAGUAACAGAUUGUGUAUUAGCACUACUUCCUUUAAUUCAACCAUUUCAAUGGGAAGGAGUUGUACUUCCUUAUAUCCCAUCUCAUCUUUAUGAAUUUUUAGAAUCUCCUAUUCCUAGCAUUUAUGGAACAGAACUUCCAACAGAAAGAGUAAAUGUUUCAGCAUUUGUUGCACCUGUAGAGCCAUUAGGAAUAAUGGAGAGUAUUGAUAGAAUUUUUGUAAACAAUGAAAAGAUGCCAUUACCAAUUCCAUAUUUUGAAGAGGUAUAUCUUGAAUUAAAAAGAAUAACUAAUAAAUAUUUAAGUAAUGUACUUAUAUUAACUACUUAUGAAGAACGAAUUAAUGAAAUUGUUAAAAAUAAUAAAUCAAGUGAAUUUGCACAAGAAGUAUUAAAAUCUUUAAAUGAACAUUUCUUUAAUAAAAUUAUUGGGAGAAUUACAGUUUAUUGUAAACAAAAUGGUCCUAUUGAAUUAAAACACUUCCAAGAAACAUUUCCAUUAUCAAUAAAUGAUAAUACAAAACAAUGGUAUUCAGAAUUUAUUGUAUCUCAGCACUUCUCAUCAUGGUGGCUAAAAAAUGAUAUGAGUAAUUUACACAAAUAA